CAUUAAGGUGCGCCAUAGUACGGGCUGAAUACGGACGGAAGUUAGUUUGAUUCGUGUUACUUAGAUCUUUUUUUACAGUAUAUUUUUCUAUUUCUUUAAUAAAUCUAACAGAUUAAGAUCCGGUUUUAUUUGGACGAGUUACAUUUAUUUCCAGGCGUCUCGCGUGGACCGGCAGUGACGUUAGCGUGACGCUGCGGCAUGAGGAAGUGCAGUUAGUGUGGGCCGAGCUGAGCUACUCCCGUGAGAAAAGCCGACUUACAUACAUGUUGCAUAGGUCUUUUAACUAGCGGCACGUAUACAGACUAUACCAGCCAGACCGUGCUAGUAGCACUUUGUUACAACCGGGGACAGUCUCAUUACCACUGCGGGAGUAGCCCACGACAUUUAUCACCUUUUGUCACAGCCAUGUCGGAUCCCCCCAGCUCCUCGGAUCCUGCCCGGAUCAUUAAAGUUACAGUGAAAACCCCCAAGGAGAAAGAGGAAUUUGCGGUGCCAGAGAGCAGCAGUAUUAGAGAGUUUAAAGAGGACAUAUCCAAGCGCUUCAAGUCAAAUACAGAUCAACUUGUUUUAAUAUUUGCUGGAAAGAUUUUGAAGGAUCAGGACACCCUCGGUCAGCAUGGAAUCCAUGAUGGACUAACUGUUCAUCUUGUUAUUAAAACACAGAACAGAUCGCAAGCUUCUACAUCUUCACAGUCCAACAGCCCGAGCAGUCCAAGCAGCACAACUGCCAACUCUACCACAACCAGCAGCACAGAAACAACGACGACUUCAACGAGUACUCCUUUUGGUUUAGGUGGCCUUGGAGGGCUUGCAGGAUUAAGCAGCCUUGGCAUGAAUGCAUCAAAUUUUUCUGAACUUCAGAGUCAGAUGCAGAGGCAACUUAUGUCAAAUCCAGAGAUGAUGGUUCAGAUCAUGGAGAAUCCGUUUGUUCAGAGUAUGCUUUCUAAUCCGGACCUGAUGCGACAGUUGAUUAUGGCGAAUCCUCAAAUGCAACAGUUAAUCCAACGAAAUCCUGAAAUCAGCCACAUGCUUAAUAAUCCCGAUAUAAUGCGACAAACACUAGAACUUGCUAGAAAUCCAGCAAUGAUGCAAGAGAUGAUGAGGAAUCAAGACCGAGCCCUGAGUAAUCUUGAAAGUAUACCUGGUGGCUACAAUGCAUUACGGAGAAUGUAUACUGACAUCCAGGAGCCUAUGUUAAAUGCUGCUCAAGAGCAGUUUGGAGGAAAUCCAUUUGCUUCACUUGUGAGCAAUGCGCAGAAUGCAGGCAAUCAGCCUUCCCGUACUGAAAACAGAGAUCCUUUACCAAAUCCAUGGGCUCCUCUGUCCAGUACCACAAGUUCCACAUCUACUGCUGGUGCUAGUGGGGGAAACACCACUGGAAAUGGAAGUGGAACAAGCACUACAACGGCAAGCUCCACAUUACCAAAUAUGUCAUCUGGAUUGGGAGAUGCAGAAUCCAGAGACGCUAUCAGCAAUGUCAAAUCCAAGGGCGAUGCAGGCUUUGAUGCAAAUACAACAAGGACUACAGACACUUGCUACUGAAGCACCAACACUUGUUCCAGGAAUUAAUCCUGCGUUUGGAGGCUUAGGGACUCCUGCCAAUACAGCUCCAGCAUCUGUGCCCUCAGAAACCACAAGUCCAAGUCCAUUGUCUGGCAUUUCUGAACCAGGACACCAGCAGUUUGUCCAGCAGAUGUUACAAGCCCUUUCAGGUGCCAAUUCUCAGAUUCAGAAUCCAGAAAUCAGAUUUCAGUCACAACUAGAACAGCUUAGUGCAAUGGGAUUCAUAAAUAGGGAAGCAAAUUUACAAGCUUUAAUAGCAACUGGAGGAGACAUCAAUGCUGCUAUUGAACGACUUCUGGGCUCUCAACCAUCAUAGCAACCCUUCCAAACGCAGAAACAAAGUGUAAUUUAUUUUUGAUAAUGGCUCUUAAGUCUUGGAAGAAACACCUGCUUUAUUUCAGUUUGACUCAUACAAUUCCUUCUUGUUACAAACUAAACAUGAUGCAUUUAAGUUGGGAUGAAGUGCAGUAGCUUAUCUGAAACUGUGGAAUCAGAGCAUUUCAUUUGAACAUGUUGCAUGCAUCAAAACGUUCCCCCAGGUCCUACUGCAUUGCUUGUGAUUUUUAAACAAUUAACUUCUGCAGUUGGGUUAACAAGCUUUAUUUAACCUUCCAGCUGUCAAAAGGUAUUUUGCUUUAAACAAAUUAGCCUUCUGUAGUAAUUUAUGUAGAAUAAAAAAAACUAAAGAGAAAUUUACAAUUUUAAAGUUACAACUAGUGAUCUAAUAUCACAUUUUUGUGAUUUCAGCAUGUAUUUUGCUAGCAUUAUUCUGUAAUAUUCAUAUUUGAUUUUUGCAUUAUACAUUUCUAAUGAAAAAGCUAAUUUGCAGAAGUGAAGUUAAGCCAUUGGCUGGCAGAAAGUACAUAGAAUACAGUCCUGUCUGGCACCCAGUGGGUUAAAGUACUCCGCACAUCACACCCAUAUGCAGAUAAUCUUGUAUUUAAAAAUAUGGUGUAGCAAGCUUUUGUAGGAGAGAUCAGCUUUUCAGGUAAAUACGAUGCAACACCUCCCUCUAAUAAGAGUUCAAUUGAGAUAUUAUUAUUUUAGUGGCCGAUGUGUCAUUUUAAUCAUUGUUUCAGAUUAACCCUGUCAGCUUUUUUUUUUUCCUUCCAAUCAUUUUGACUAUUUUUGACACUGCCAAUUUUACUUUUAUACCUUCGUAGUCACCAUCCUUUCCACUUUCUUCUUCAUAAGUGUAAAUUGCACCCAUUUGUGUUUGCACUGAGGAAAUGCCACACCAAAUUGUUCAGUGGAAUACUAUCUUACACAGUCUCCAUAAUUGCAAGAUUUGAACAUGCCAUGUGAUUCUGAUUAUUUUUAACCUACUUGUACAAAACAAUUAUUGAGUUUUUAUCAGCAGUUCUUUCUCCUGUGCACAGGUAAUAAUAAAUAAAAUACCAACCAUG